UCUUGCAAUCUUACAAUCAAGCCAGGAACUAGAGGUAGGCUGGCAGUCCUACCUCUCUGGUCCCUCCCCCAGUCUGAGGCUUUAUAAAACAAGUCAGUGGAGCCUCAGAGGCGCAGAGUGGAGUUUGUAGCCUCAGGUCUGAGCAAGUCCAAGCUCCCCGAGGGCAACAGACGAGUACGUGUGCCCCGAGACCCUGCAGAUGCCCAGGUAGUGGGCAUUCGCCUCUGCCUCGGCUCCACAAGUGUAGCAGCCCCCGGGUCCUCGUGGGAGGAAAGCACCCUCCUUUCAAUAUCUGCCCCCCCCCCGCCCCCUGCGUCUCCAGCCCCCUGUAGCUGAGCCGUGAUGGUGGGGCUGAAACCCUCUGACGUGCCACCCACCCCGGGCGUCAAGUUCUUGGGAGCCGGGGCCGCUGCCUGCAUAGCUGAUCUGGUCACCUUUCCGCUGGACACCGCCAAAGUCCGGCUACAGAUCCAAGGUGAAGCCCAGACCAUGGAUGCUGUCAGAUAUAAAGGCAUUCUGGGGACCAUCAUCACACUGGUGAAAACAGAAGGACCAAGAAGUCUGUACAAUGGGCUGCAUGCUGGGCUGCAGAGGCAGAUAAGCUUUGCCUCCAUUAGAAUUGGCCUCUAUGACACUGCCAAACAGCUCUACAACAAUGGAAGAGAAACAGCUGGAAUAGGAAGCAGGAUCCUGGCAGGGUGCACAACUGGAGGGUUGGCAGUAAUAGUGGCACAGCCUACAGAUGUGGUGAAAGUCAGACUCCAAGCACAGAGCAGCCUGUCUGGUGCCAAACCCCGCUACACUGGGACUUUCCAUGCCUACAAAAAAAUAGCAUCCGAAGAAGGAACAAGAGGGCUUUGGAAAGGGACGAUGCCCAACGUGGCAAGAAAUGCUAUUGUCAAUUCUGCAGAGCUAGUAACCUAUGAUCUAAUAAAGGAGAACCUUUUGAAAUACAACCUACUAACAGACAAUUUACCUUGCCACUUUGUGUCAGCCUUUGGGGCUGGAUUCUGCACAACGGUGGUUGCAUCUCCAGUGGAUGUGGUAAAGACCAGAUACAUGAACUCACCACCAGGACAAUACACCAGUGCCCCCAAAUGUGCGUGGACCAUGCUCUGGCGGGAAGGAUUGACUGCUUUUUACAAAGGGUUUGUGCCUUCCUUCUUAAGGCUGGGAUCUUGGAACGUCAUCAUGUUUGUGUCCUAUGAACAGCUCAAGAGGGCGCUGAUGAAGUCUAAACCUACCAUUGACUGUACCACAGAAUCAUCUUUAUAAAAGAUACUGCAGGAGGAUACUGCUAGGGUUAUUUAACGACUGCAUGAACAUUUACAAAAGCACAUUAAUUAGAAAGGCAGCUACAUAGCUCAAUGGAUAGAGUGCCGGGCUUGGAGUUAGAAAGCUGAGUUUAAAUCCCACCUCAGACACUUAUUAGCUAAGUGACCUGGGCAAGUCACUUAAUCUGUUUGUCUUAAUCUACUGGAGAAGAAAAUGAUAAGCCCUGUAGGAAACAUGGUCCACAGGUUCAGAGUCAGAUGCAACUAAAUGAAUGAACAACAAUAACAAUAUUCAUUUGGUAACUUAGUGGGCUUUGGUCACUCAAAUACAAUGCAGAAUGAGAAGUGUCCUUCACAACUCAUGCAGGAGGUAGCCCUGUCUCAAGGAAUAGGAACAGCUACGUGGCUCGGUGGAGAGAGGACCAGAACUGGAGUCAGGAAGCCUCAUCUUUCUGAUUCAAAUGUGGCCUUAGAUCCUGCCUAGAUGUGUGGCCCUAGGCAAGUCACUUUAUCCUGUUUGCCUCAGUUUCCUCAUCUGAAAAACAGCUAAAGAAGGAAAUGACAAACCACUCUAGUAACUUUGCCAGGAAAACCCCAAAGAAGGUCACAAAGAGUUAGACACAACUGGGAAAAUGACCCCACAGCAAAAUCCCAUCUCAUCCUGGAGAAGAGAUCAGAGAUCAAGAGCUAGGAAGGACUUCGGUGAUUAUCUAUUCCAACAUCUUCAUUUUAAAGAUGAGGAAGCUGAGACAGAGAAGCCAAGUGACUUCUCUAGGUUACACAGAUGGCCAAGGCAGAAUUUAUACCCAAGUCUGCUGACUGGAAAUCCAGGAUUCUACACUAUAGCAUAGUGCCUUUGCUCCCAAAAGAUGAGGAAGCUGAAGCCCAGAGGAUUCAAUGACAAUUCAACUCAACUAGUUAGGGGCAGAGUCAAAGAUUCAGGCUAUUUCUCAUUUCAGGUUGCCUACUCUCCUACAUUAAACAAAGAAAAAGAACAGCAUUUGACUAUAUAUUUAUGAGCCAUAUAUUUUUUAAAGCUUUCACUAGCAUGGCCUUUACAUUUUAACCUUAGAAUGAAGAAAGCAAGGACCACAAUUCCCCUGAUAAACAUAACUGCUCAGAUAAAAAAAAAAUUUUAACAGUCUUACUGUAUGAAUGUAGAAGAAAGGAGACCAUUUUUCACUUAUUUGGAUUUAUAUUUUGGGGUUUUGGUUUUAUAAAAUUAUUCACAAAAAUGACCCGUAUGGAAAUAUGUUUUACAUAAUACAUGUAUAACCCAGACUGAAUCACCUGCUAGCACCGCCAGGAGGGUGAAGGGAAGGGAGGGAGGGAGAUAACUUCAAUCUUAUAACUUGGGAAAACUUGCAUGAAAAUGUGUUAUUAUAUGUAAUUGGUAAAGAACAUUGAAAAUACAUUUAAAGAAGGGGGGACCCUAUUGUAUAUCAACUUGGCAGCAUUCUUGUGGAAUUUUGUCUUAAUAAGCACUCAAGGUCAAUUUUGAUUAACAAUGUAAACUGAGAAAAAUAUAAACCAAGAAAAAUACUCAUUGUUAAUAGGUUUUGCUUUACAUAAAUUCACAUUAUGUAACUUUGACUUUAGAUGAAGAAUUCUGAAAGAAAUCCACAUCCCAAAGAAAAGAUGAGUUGAUGAUAAUAUUGCUUACUAUCAUCAGAUAUACUGGGGGGGAGGGAGGGCAAGAAAGCCAUCUUCCAAAUAUCUCUCUGUAGCUUCAGAAGGAGGUUGUGCAGCCAAGACAACAGCAACACAAUGCAACAAGAGCAGUGCUAAAGGUUAGGUGCGGUGGGUAGGGAAGGGGUGAUGUGUGGUCUCCCUGUGUCAAAUUACCACACCGUACAGGGCAUAUUUUUCUUUAACUUUACCUUUCAUUUUAUAAUUCUGUUUAUUGUGCUGUGGAGUAUCUAGUAUGUCUGCAUCUUAGGACAUUUUAUGACUUGCAUAAAAUGAUUAAUUGGGGUAUGCCUUUGUUAUGUAGGCCCAGUGAAGUGGGUAGGUUGUUUUAAGUUUGUUAUGUAAAAAUCACUAAUACAGUCUGUAUUUAAGAGCAAAAGAUAUAAAUAAAAAUAUCUGGCAAUUGUC